AUGAGCAAAUUGUAUUCUUUGAAGGAUUAUAUGCAAGUGAGAGGCAGCUGGAGGUCUCAGGAGAGGGGAUUUGAUGAGGAAUAUGUAGUAAAUGUGGGGAAUUUGGAAGAUGAGGAAGUUUUGAGGAUGGUUGAGAGGAAUAGAUCAAACAGUGUUGAAAUGAUAAAGAAAUAAGAAGGUGUUUCCAACGAAUAGAAAUUCUUAUGAAAAACCUUACUUUAAUCAAAAGCUAAAGAGCUUCAACAAUAUCUUAAAAACAAGAAGAUCGUCACAGUUAGAAUUUCCCAGUAUCCAAAACACAGAGAAUCCAAGCUUCAAAAUAAAUGUAAAUUCCAUCUGAACUCCUUCGAAUAUUGAAACAAAAAGUAUUCAGAAAAGCUGAAAGUCUCAAAUAAAAAGGAACAAUAAAUUUCAAAAUCAGGACGACGAAGCUACUAUAGACUCAAUUCUGAAUGUAAAAAUGACUCCAUUUUAUAAAGAAAUGGUCAAAAACUCUCGCUCCAUGUCCAGAAGCUUUGAGAGUUGAUCUGCUUUUGAUAAGGCCAGUGGAUUCAAAGAAAAGGUCAGAGAAAGAGUAAAAGACUUGAACACUGUCAAGGAGAUGCCUCAGUAUUACUUCGUUACACAAACAAAAUCUCAAAGUCUAUCUCCUAGCAUAAGAGAGCAAGAAAAUCUUCAGAGAUUCAAAGACCAAGACUCUUUACAGGAGAGACUUGCUACCUUUGUAGAUGAGUCUGGCCCUAAAGUUGCUCAGACUAGCUUCCCUCCCUUAAUUAAUCACAAGGAGCUCAGAGAAAAAGAAAAAGCUAAAUAAGGAAAUCCUAAAGCAAGCUGAGAUAAAGAUCAAGGAUGAAAAAGAACAAUCUGAUCGAAAGAUCCGACUUGAUACAGGUGAUGACCACACAAAGAACUUAGAAAAGGUAUACUCCUAUCUUGAAACUAAGCUAGAUAGCUUUGACUCAAAACUAGAGUAUAUCAAUGACCUUUAUUCCUCAGUGAAUCAGCUUACAGGGCCCUUAGAGAGAAGAAUUAGGCUCCAAAAAUUAAAACAUGAUUAUAAAGCCAAUAAAAUCAACUCUAUAAUCCACAACGAAAUCAAAGACUUUGAAUAUGUUCUGGAUAAAGUAAACUUAAAUCCCUCUAUCCCCUUGGAAACCCUAAAAAAGAGUUAUAAAAGAAUAAAGUCUCAGCACUCAAAUAAACUUCAGAAGAAUAUUUCCAAAAACUGGAAAAAGAUGAAUUCGAAUAAUGACAGACUUAACUCACAGAUCUCUAAAAGUGAAGCUAGGAAAAAUUGGCAAAACAAACAGAGGAAGAACUAGCACCAGACUAGAAAUUUGAAGUAUUCCUGCCCAAGGAUACUCUAGAGAAAGCUGUGAGAGCAAACUUAAAAGCUCCUCUGAGUUAUCAAUAUCAAGAUUUAACUCAGGCAUGAACUUAUUGUCUCCACCAACGAAGAUGAAUAGAUCUUCCUCAAGAUAUCUUGGUACAUUGUUAGAGUAACUUUAGAUCAAUCUCAAGAGUCUCAGGCAAUUAAUCAGGA